CAGGAAAGCUUUUAUUUUGAAAGCCAUUAAACUUGUCGGACUCAUGAGUUGCUUCUGAUAGCAUUCUUCACAACACUGAUGCAAAAAAGAUCUGGGGUAACGUCAGAGCAGCUCAAUUUCAGUAAACUUUAAGACGUUUAAGUGUUUUUACUCAGUCAGUUCUUCUGUCACUGAAUGAUUGGAUCACUGUGCAGCAAUGUCUUACCUUCCAACUCUCUUCAAAUACGUCGAUGAGCACCAGGACCAGUAUGUUGAGCGCCUGGCAGAAUGGGUUGCUGUACAGAGUGUGUCUGCCUGGCCAGAGAAACGAGGAGAAAUCAAGAAAAUGAUGGAGAUGGCAGCCAAGGAUAUUGAGAGACUUGGGGGAACUGUGGAGAUGGCUGACAUCGGCAUGCAGAAGUUGCCAAGUGGAGAAGAGAUCCCUCUUCCUCCAAUAGUUCUGGGCAGACUUGGCUCAGACCCAGGCAAGAAGACCGUGUGCAUUUACGGACACUUGGAUGUGCAGCCAGCCAACAUUGAGGAUGGCUGGGACUCACCGCCCUUCACUCUGGUGGAGAAAGAUGGUAAAAUGUACGGACGUGGAUCUACCGAUGAUAAAGGCCCUGUACUGGCCUGGUUCAACAUCAUUGAGUCCUAUCAGAAGAUUGGGCAGGAUCUGCCCAUCAAUAUAAAGUUCUGCUUUGAGGGAAUGGAGGAGUCUGGAUCAGAGGGAUUAGACGAUCUGGUUUUCUCUCGCAAAGAUACUUUUUUUAAGGAUGUGGACUAUGUCUGCAUUUCUGAUAACUACUGGCUGGGGAAGACCAAGCCCUGCAUUACCUACGGCCUGAGAGGAAUCUGCUACUUCUUUAUUGAGAUGGAAUGCUGUGAUAAAGAUCUUCACUCUGGCGUGUUUGGAGGAUCCGUUCAUGAGGCCAUGACUGACCUCAUAGCUCUGAUGGGCACUUUGGUGGAUAACAAGGGGAAAAUUCUGGUACCAGGGCUAUACGACCAUGUGGCUAAAUUGACUGAUGAAGAGAAGAAGCUUUAUGAAAAGAUUGAGUUUGACAUGGAAGAAUACGCCAAAGAUGUUGGAGCAGGCAAACUACUGCAUGACAGCAAAGAGCAAAUUCUGAUGCAUCGUUGGAGAUACCCAUCCCUGUCUCUGCAUGGCAUAGAGGGAGCGUUCUCCGAGUCUGGGGCCAAAACUGUUAUCCCCCGCAAGGUCAUUGGCAAGUUCUCCAUCCGCCUUGUCCCUGACAUGGAUCCCAAAGUGGUGGAGAAACAGGUAAUAACUCACUUGGAGAGCAAGUUUGCAGAAUUGAAAAGUCCCAACAAACUGAAAGUGUACAUGGGACAUGGAGCCAAGGCCUGGGUGUCUGACUUUAACCACCCUCACUACAUGGCUGGCAGAAAGGCCAUGAAGACUGUGUUUGGCGUGGAGCCUGACCUGACCCGUGAGGGAGGAAGUAUCCCAGUGACUCUAACCUUCCAAGAAGCAACCGGCCAGAAUGUCAUGCUGCUGCCUGUCGGUUCCUCUGAUGAUGGAGCUCACUCACAGAACGAGAAACUCAAUAGAUCCAACUAUAUUCAGGGCACCAAGAUGUUGGGAGCUUACUUCUAUGAAGUGUCUCAACUUAGCUAACUGGAACUUCUGAUUCGACGUGACUAUGAAGGUGUAUUUUUAAUCCUCUGAAGAUGUGAUGAAAUACUUGGAUAAGGGUACAGUCUUUAAAAUGAUGCUGCGUCGUACAAGUUUUCUUCUUCCAUGGUGUCAGUUCAUUUACUGGUCAGGGAAUGGUAAUAGUAUGGUAGUAGUCUAAGCCAAAUGUCCUGAUGACAGUCCAACUGUUAUAUACAGUAUCACAUGUGACAUGUAAAAACAACUUAAUCGCUCUUUUUGGCAUUUUGCUGCUAGAUUUAUCAGUAAAUAGUAAUUUUCAGAAUAUCAGAUGUAUUUCCAUCCAGCUCUUUUUUUUGUCCUGUACUCUUUAAAAUAAACCAUCAAACAAGUGUUUUUAAGAAGGAAAAAAAACUGCUGAGACGAAAUAGGCAUACAUUGUUGUUUUAGUCUCAAAUAUCCCUAGUAGCUGUAAUACUAGUCUCUUAAUAUCCAAUUUUCAGCUACAGUUCACUCUGAAGGGAUAGUUCAUCCAGAAAUGAAAAAACCUCUUCACCAUUGUAAUGACAGACUUUUUAUUUUUGGGUGAACGGUCCCUUUAAUAUGGUAUAUGACAAUCGGUUAUCUGGUGUAAUCUGUUUACAAAUGCAUGAAGUAAUAUGACAUAUGCACACCUAUAAAAUGCAAAUUAAAAAUGAAUUUUGAUUAA